GUACACAGGCGUGUUUGGGUUUUCCCUUUCCCUUUUUUUCUUUGUAGUCGGUGGUGGGCGCUCGAAGUGAAAUCGCCAAGAAAAGAAAUAUGCGGCGUUUUCCACGGUGCACGACGGCGGCGUCUGCGACGGGAGGCGCCAUUAGCGGGGCGGCGGCGGCCUAUCACAUGCCGGGGUGGAAGACGCAGUCCAGCACAAAAGAUGCCCGCACGCGCGAGCAACGCGAGGCAGAUCGCAAAGUGCGCCAAAUCGAGAAGCUGCCCCGUCCGGAGGCGAUGCACGAUUUCCAGUACCCAUACGAGAAGACGAUCUUGUCGGACAGCAUGUUCCAGUACCCCGUCUACGAGUCGGAGCUCGACACGCCGCACCUCUUUCACCUCACCCCGCCGCCCGACUUUUUUGUGUACUGGAACGCGAGCGACUUUGCGCGCACCUCCUACCCGCCUGUACCCAACGCCGACCACCGUGCACUGGUGCCGUCGUCGCAGUCGCCGCAGUGGAUCGGGCACCGCGCCCGCCUGCUGCGUUACCUGCGCAAGCACGAAGUGUGUCCCGCCUACGUGCCUCACGUGAAGGCAGACGUCAACCUUUCAGUUGUGUUCCCGGGGCAGUACAACACGCGUGCGCGUUUGACCGGCGAGGACGGGGAGCCGAUUCCCACACCGCUGCCAGAGACGAAGCUGACCGCGCGCAAUUUCUGGUUCACGGCGCACUGCGGCAACUACAUCGAGCUCACCGACCUCCAGCAACCGCCGAGCAUCUUCUUUUUCGAGGAAGACGCCGCCGCUGCUUCCACGGCUGCUGCUGCCACGGAGGCCUCCGCGACCACCAAGAAGGAAUCUCCCUCCUCUGCCCCGAACUAUUACACCUUGGUCAUCCUAUCCCCCGACUACCCGUACCGCGUGCCCUUGUCUCACGACCGCCAACACGCCAGCAAAGGGUUCUUUCUGAAUUACAUGGUAUCCAACCUCUCUGCGCACUCUGCGGCGCAGGUCAACGGCGUGGUGGUUGACACGCAGGGGCUGCAGAGAGAAGGCGACGUGGUCAUCCCGUACGUGGCGCCGCUGCCGACCGAAGACGCUGGCACCACCCGCCACCUCUGCCUGCUGUUCAAGCAGACCGGCGCCGUGCCCAACCUGCGCACCCUCACACCGGAGGAGGAGCGGCAGCACUUUCCGUUGGCCGUGCGCAGCAACUUCCGCCUGCACACCGCAAGACCGGCAGAGCAGGGCGCAACUGCCGCCCCGGCGGCCUGUCUAGCGAGUCUGCGCGCCGUGCAGGACGCCAUUCCGGCAGACCCGAGCGCCGUCACUUUCUUCACCACCGCGUGGGACAUUCAAGUGCAGGAGUACUACGCGAAGGUCGAGCUGCCAGAGCCGGCCGCGCCGGUGGAUGAGGAGAUUGAGGCGCUGCUGGAGUACCACGCGACGCCGCCGGCGAAGCUGCGCGUGCGUGCGCGGCACCGCGCGGACGGCUCCGUCAACAACGGCGAGGACCCAAACUUCUGGGGUCAGGUCGCGCCCACCCGCAUGAUGGAUGGCAGCAUGCAGCACGGCUCGGGGUGGUCGCGCCGCACCGCGAUGGGGCACAAUGGCGUGCCGGUGGUGUAUCCUCAUUGA